UGCUGUCUAUAGUGGAGAGAGAGAGAGAGAGAGAGAGGAAGAGGGAGGGCUGUGUGGCGUGAGGCAGUGCGUGUGCUCAGUGUUUAGGUGAAUCCACAACCCUCUGGCUCACGAGGAUAAAGGAUCCACACAGAAAACGAGAGAGAGAGAGAGAGAGAGAGAGGGAGAGAAAAGCAGCGCGGGGACUUUGUCUUCUUCUUCCUCUUCUGGCAUCCUCUGCGCUCUUUCUCCUCGCUUCAUUUUCCCGCAAGCCGACAGCGGCUGUUUUUGCUUCUUUUUUCCCUCCCAUCCUUCCCUUUUGUUCUCUGCAUCCAUCUCCGUUUCACCUCGGUCCAGCAGAGGAGGCAGGAAGAGCAUAGUCAGAGGCAUCAUCCUCCCUCUUGCACGCCGAGCCGGUUGUGGGUGCUGAUGCUGUAACCACUGUUUGGAGCUGACAAGCCCUGGUUGAUGCAGUGAAGUGUUCCAGUGGGAUAAACACAAGCAAAGGUAGGAAUGCAAGCAGAUAACUCGGAGAAAGAAAAACAGAAGCAUACAAAACACCAUUCGGGGAAAGAGGAGAGGCAGAUUUUCUGAAUAAAGAUUGGUGAAGAUGAGAGCUGAACGAGUGCAGUCGCUGAAUCCGUUGCAUACAGUACAGCUGCUAAAGGGUUUGAUUCACAGACCACUGAAUACUCAGUUAGUGACAGAAAGAUUGUGGUUAGAGACAGAAAGGAAGAAAGACAGAACAGAAAGGGAAUGCGGAUGGUAUUAUUGGUGAGUUAAUAGAGGUUAGGCUUGGCAGUGCCAUUCCUGUGCUCACUAAAUCCACACUGAUGAAGCUCCUGGGCUGUAACAGGAGGAAUCUUUCAGUGAGAGCUGAAAGGAGGCUGGGAGGCUUAGCGCUGACGCUUGGCUUCCAGUCUGGACCAGAUUUGCUUUUCAGGCCCAUGUGGGAGCCGGGCUGUGUCUUUAUUAAGGCUCGAGGAGCCCCUCGCUUUGGUGUCUCUUGCCGGACUACAGAUGAGAGCUGUGUGUGCUGUGCGGUUGCAUAAGAGAGGCACUUUCAUCCACUCAAACACCGGCAGACUGCAAACACUGUGCGUGUGAGAGGAGCUGCAACCGGUGGCCACCAAAGGCACACUUCCUAAUUCCACAGAGUGCUGCGUCUCAGCGCCCAGAGAGUCCAUCUGUGAUGCAUCCAGUGGCUUCGUGGAAAGUUUUAAUAGCAAACGUGUGUUUGCGCUACCCUAUCGCCAUUUCCAUUCUGCCACUUGGAUUUGUUUGCGCCCGAGGGCCACCAGUGAGGCCGAAUGGCACCUUGACAGAGAUGUGCUGCGACAAGACAAGGCCAAAGAAGCCGGGAGAGUGCUGCUGAGUGGUGAAAUAGGGAAGUGAAGCAGAAAGGAGAGCUGAAGGGGAUAUUUUUGAGGAACCCAUUCUGACGUCAGAAACAAAAAAAGAGAGAAGAGACUUUUCUCUAUUUGAGUAGAAAUGAUAUAAACGCACACACAAAAAAAGAGAGAGAGAGACAUCUUAUGUUCUGUAGACUCACAAGCUUACAACAGCAAAAAUAAAACAAAAAAAAGCCCAUAGAGCAAAUAGAAAAGGAAAAAAACCCACAGGCCUUUAAAUAGAUGUCUAAAAAAAAGAGAAGUGUUAAGUGGACAGACUGAGGGAGAAAGAGCGAGAGCAGAAGUUUACAUCAGUCUCUAAGAAAAGCCGAGAGUGGAAACCGGUGGAAACCAUCGUGGGACUCCCGUUGUCACUCUGGGAUUUACUGACAGGAGGCGAGGACGUGCGAGAAGAAGCUGAGGACCAAAGACAAACGAAAAGGCCACACACUCAUAGGAAAGCAGGGGGGCUCAUGGGAAACCUCCUGAAAGUGCUGGCUUGCGCCGAACUUGAGCAUGGCCCAAUAGUUUUCCUUGACUUUGAACAUGCCCAGCCCACAGAGGCAGAGACGGCUGUGUGGAACCAGGUCAGCGCCGUGCUGGAGGAGGCUCACGGGAUCUUGGCCGAGCUGCAGUCCUACAACGGAGCGGGCCAGGAGAUACGAGAAGCCAUCCAGAACCCGGGCGACCUCGCUCUUCAGGAGAAGGCCUGGAACGCAGUGUGCCCUCUGGUGGCCAAGCUGAAGCGGUUCUACGAGUUCUCCCUCCGACUGGAGAACGCCUUGCGCAGCCUGCUGGAGGCGCUGACGAGCCCGCCGUAUGCUCCCAUGCAGCACCUGGAGAGAGAGCAAGCCUUGGCCAAGCAGUUUGCCGAGAUCCUCCAUUUCACCCUCAGCUUCGAUGAACUAAAGAUGACAAAUCCAGCCAUUCAGAAUGACUUCAGCUACUACAGGAGGACCAUAAGCAGGAACAGGCUGAACAACCAGCAGCUGGAAGCGGAGAACGAGGUUAACAACGAGAUGGCAAACAGGAUGUCGCUGUUCUACGCCGAAGCAACACCAAUGCUGAAGACUCUGAGUAACGCCACCACCAAGUUUGUCUCAGAGAAUAAGACCUUGCCCAUAGAGGACACCACAGACUGCCUGAGCACCAUGGCCUGCGUGUGUCGCGUCAUGCUGGAGACUCCGGAGUACCGCUGUCGGUUCACCAACACAGACACUAUGCUGUUCUGCAUGAGGGUGAUGGUGGGUGUCAUCAUCCUGUAUGACCACGUUCACCCCGUCGGGGCUUUCGCCAAGACCUCCAAAAUUGAUAUGAAGGGCUGCAUCAAGGUGCUGAAAGAGCAACCGUCUAACAGUGUGGAGGGACUCCUGAAUGCACUGAGAUACACGACACGGCAUCUACACGAUGACAGCACCUCCAAACAAAUCAGGGCCCUCCUGCAAUGAAACAAAGAAGAAAAAGAAGCGACCAGGAGGGGAGGAGGAGGGGAAACGAAGGAGCGCACUUGAAGGAGGAGGAAACAAACGCUGAUAAACCUGUUUGUUUACAACGAACAAAGAGAAAAAUCAUCUCCGGGGUUAAGUGCGACCUGAUGACAAUAAGAAGAGGAAAAUAAUUAUAUAUAUUGUCAGCUGUCCAUCAUUCUGUCUCUCAUUUUGUAAAGUAAGAAAAGAAGAAAAAAAAGAAGCCAGAAAAGAAGAUAUAGAUAUAUAUUAAGAAAAGUGAAACACUGAGCAGCAGGUGAAGAAUAGGUAGGAUUAAAGAGGAAGCUAUAUUGGAAGAUUUAAGGUCAGAACCAACUGAAAGUGUACGAAACAAAAAAGGAAGAAAAAAAAAAAAGAGGGUUAAUGUUCCAGAAGUAGUCUGACGAGUAUUUUUGCACACACUUUGAAAACAUCUCCUUCCCCAAUGAAAUCUGAUCCCAAACUGGUUCCCAUUGCUUGAACUGGAGGGGCUCUCCUUCAGCUGCACUGGUCUCCACCGACGGGUGAAUCAUAAAGCAAUGUGAUGGAUACACUCCGGAGAUUUGCUUUUACCUGUUUCACUUUCUUUCUGGUGCAGCUGGAGGAAAGCAGGCAGGCGGAGACGGGACGCCUCUGUUUUUGCCCCGAUUUCUUCCUCAUCAUCCAUCUAUCAAGUAUAUGCUUUUUUUCCUUUAAAUUUCUCCUCAUCACCAACAAAACUGUAAAAAAUAAAUAAAUAAAUAAAGAUCCGCCCGUGUCGUGUGCCCCGAUGCCGUUUAUGUUCCUGCACACAAAAACCAUCUUGCCAGCUUGCUGGCUUUACUUGAACUACGUCCUUCACUCUCUCCAUGGUGCUAAUGUGGUUUAUCGCAGCUUCUUAUCUGAUAUCGUUUGGCUGUGAUGUGGGACAUACAGUGAUUUUGUCAUCCUCUUCUUUUGUGCACAAGUUAGCCACGAUGGCGAGUGAGCCUUCAGCAUCUCGGUGCGUAAAAAAAGGGGGUCAAAUCUGAGAGGGCGUUUUUAGGGAAACCGCAGCACACUUUUAGUUCUUCACCCAGUGCCAAAGCUUAUUCUGUUAUUACAUCGCACGUGAGUCAGGCUUGAGGGUUUGAUGGUAUUAUUAUAUCACUCAUCUUUCUUUUCUUUUUGUAAAAGAGGAUUAAAAAGCCGAGACACACGUGAAAAACAAGUGGGAAGGUGGUCCGAUUUACAUACAUUUUAAGGGCGAUCUGAGUGUUCCGGUGUAAAUACGUGAAGCUUUUCACAGCGGGCAUCCACAUGUUCCCCGUCGGGGAAUAUGAAAAAACCACCAUCACAAACUCACACAUAAAAACUCGAGUGCUUUCUUUUAGAGCGAGGUUUAAAAAGUCCAUCAAUAAGUGGGAAAUAAAAAUGAAACUAAAAAUGAUCCAAAAGGAGAUUCAAAAGAAGUGCUGUAAUGUCUAGAGCCCUUAGUCUUAUUUAAUUUGAUCUUAUAAUAUAUUUUCUAUACAGGGGUAUGUGCGCGAGCAUAUUCUGUAUAAAUACAUAGAUGGCAUGUUGCAAAAGUUCUGACAGAAAUGUGUAAAUAAGGUGUUUUUAUUCAUUUUUAAUCGUUCAGUGAUGCUGAAAUUGGGUAUGUGUUGUCUCUCAGAAUUACCAUGCGUUUGGCUUGGACCAUCGGACUUGCCGUAGUCAUAGGUUUCAGAAAUUCAGCUUCAUUAAUGGCGAAUGAACCGGAGGGAGGGGAGGGACGCCAAGUGGGGAGGGGGCCGGGGCUGUCCAUUUGCUUGUUAUUUUGUAUAUUUUGUGCAACAAUAAACUUGUCAUUUAUUACAUUCAA